AGCGUCUCGGCAGCCCAGCGGGAAGGUGGAUUAUCUGAAGGACGAUGAGCGUGUGGCUCUAGACAUGGUUUGCGGUUGGGUCCGGCUGGCGCUGUCUGAAUGAAGCGAUGGGCUGCGCGUCAGCCAAGCAUGUUUCUACUGUUCAAAACGAAGAGGAAACUCAGAAAGGCAAAAACUACCAGAACGGAGAUGUGUUUGGGGAUGAGUAUAGGAUCAAACCAGUGGAAGAGGUCAAAUACAUGAAAAAUGGGGGCGAAGAUGAUCAGAAAAUAGCAGCCAGGAACCAAGAAAACUUGGAAAAAAGUGCCAGUUCAAAUGUAAGACUUAAGUCUAACAAAGAGAUCCCAGGAUUAGUACAUCAACCCCGAGCAAACAUGCACAUUUCAGAAAGCCGUGAUUCAUUCACAAACAUGUCUCUCCUCUCCCUCCCUCAGGGUCGUGACUAUUGUUCAGAAGAGGAAGAUGUCACAUAGUGCCAGCGCUGCGGGCGAAGCAGGACUACUACUGUGUAAAUAGAGUACAGCCCCGCCGAGCCCC